AUGAAGUGUCACUACGAAGUUUUGGGAAUAUCCAGAGAAGCUGACGAUAGUGAAAUAAAAAGUGCUUACAGAAAACUAGCGCUUAAAUGGCACCCGGACAAGAACCUGGACGAUCCGGACAAUGCUAAGGAGCAAUUUCAAGUAGUCCAGCAAGCCUAUGAAGUGUUGAGCGACAAACAGGAACGAGCUUGGUACGAUGCUCAUAGAGACCAAAUUCUUAGAGGCCCUAGCUCAGAGUUUGAAAAUGAAAGCUUGGAUGUUUUUCAAUAUUUUACCACGACAUGCUUUAAAGGUUACACGGAUGAUGAUAAAGGGUUCUACGCAGUUUAUAGAAAUGUAUUUGACCAAAUUGCUAAAGAAGAUAUUGAGUAUAUGGACGAAAAGGAAGAGUUUUGUGAAAUUCCAAGUUUUGGAAAUUCAGAAAGUGAUAAUGAAAAUGUUAAAGCUUUCUAUGAUUAUUGGAUGAGCUACUCUACAAAGAAAAGUUACUCUUGGUUAGAUCCUUAUGACAUAAGAGAAGCUAAAGGUUGCAGAAGGGUGGUUAAACUAACAGACAGAGAAAACAAAAAAUCAAGACUAAAAGCCAGAAAAGAAAGAAAUGAAGAAGUUAGAAACCUAGUAGCUUUUGUCCGUAAACGAGACAGAAGAGUGCAAGCUUUUAAAAAAGAAAUGGAAGCAAAAACCUUAGAAAAUCGUAAAAAACAAGAACAAUUAAGCAAACAAAAACGUUUGGAAAGAAAACAAAUGCAUGCCAGUGAAAAACAAGCCGACUGGUUGAAAUUUGACAAUGUUAAAUCGGAAUUGGAAGAAAUUGAAAAACAUUUGGCACAAGAAUUUGGUGAAUCUUAUUCUGAAGAUGAAGAAGAAGAAAACUUUAACAACUUAUAUUGUGUGGCCUGCAAUAAAAUCUUCAAAAAUCCAAAAGCUUUUGAAAAUCAUGAAGUUAGCAAAAGACAUAAAGAAAAUAUUGAAAAAUUAAAACAAAGCAUGCUAGAAGAAGAGGAUGUAGAUUCAAAUACUACUGAAGAUUUAGAUGAAUAUAAUGAAUUAGAAGAGAAGGAGGAAAAUUUAGAAGACAUUAUCGACGAAAAUGGUGCUUUAUUAUCAAAUGAGGAAUCUAUUGGGAAUGAUGAAGAAAAUCUGCCAGAGGUUAGUGAGAAAAAAAGUUCAGAUAAUGACAUCGAUAGUGAUGAAGAGGAAAGUACUUCAACCAAGAAGUUGAAAAAGAAAAAGAAAAACGUUUUAGAUAUUCCACAAAAUCACAAUGAAGAUUUUGAUAUAGCAAAAGUUUCAGAUGAUGAUGACUUUGAUUUUGGCACGAGCAAAAGCAAAAAAAAGAAAAGUAAAAAAGUAAAGUCAAAAACAAAUAAUAAAAAUGACCUAGAAGAAACAACUAAUGAAAUUUCUGAGGAAGUUGCAAUAGCAAGUCAUAUGAAGCCGAAAAAAUCAGCUAAAAAAGAGAAAAAAGUUAAUAAAAAAGAACUGGAUCCCCAAGACUUAAAUGAAAUAGAUCUGAGCCAUUGUUGUGUGACUUGUAAAGGGAAUUUCUUAUCAAAAAAUAAGUUAUUUGACCAUCUUAAAAAGACAGGACAUGGAGUGUAUAUUCCUCCAAAAAUAAAACACAAUAGCAAAAAGAAUAGUUUAAAAGAAUAA